UAAGUGAACAAGGCUUCCAUGAAUAAUAAAUCAUCCAGGGAAUUGGUGAUUUAUUUCGAAGACUUCGGGAAAUUAGAGAGAGAGAGAGAGAGAGAGAGAGAGAGAGAGAGAGAGAGAGAGAGAGAGAGAGAAGGAUACCAUGGAAUACAUGGAUCGUUUUCUGCAUGACGCAGCAACAAAGGGUGAUCUUAGUUUUUUGGAAAAAAUUAGAAAUGGUGAUGUAUCGAUUGAUCUUGCAAGUCAGAAAACGCCUAAAGACAACAAUGUUCUUCACAUUGCGGCUGAAUUCAAGCAAAUGAAUUUCUUUAAAGAAGUCAAGUUUCAUCAUCCUCAAUCUCCACGGUUUUGGGACACCAACAAGAACCGCGAAACUCCUCUCCAUGUUGCUGCAAGAGUAGGAUGUGAUGAAAUAGUGGAGUUCAUCAUUGCUAAGAUGAAACCUCUUGAAGAAGUUGAUUUGGAAGACGGACCAAUUAAUGAGGAGGAAAUCACACCAGCUGCUGAGGAAACCACGCCAUCUGGUGAGGAAAUCUUACAACAUUAUGAGGAAAGCAGAUCAUCUGCUGAGGAAAACAGACCAGUUGAUGGGGAAAUCAGAUCAUCUGCUGAGGAAAUAAGACCAAACAGAUCAGUUGAUGGGGAAAUCAGACCAGAUGGUGUUAAACCUUAUAAAAAACUACUCCGAAUGAAAAAUUCGGAAAAGGAUACAGCAUUGCAUGUUGCUGUACGAUAUCGUCACGAUAGGGUGGUGGCUCAGUUAAUGAAAGCCGAUCCUGAAUUAUGUUGUUUUACUAAUAGCGCCGCAGAGUCACCCUUAUUCCUAGCUGUUAGAACGGGCUCUCCAAGCAUUGCUCUUUAUAUUCUAAACGAGUCUCCCUCUGAUAGACCUCCUUCUUUUCAGGGGACAAAUGGUGUGACAGCUUUGCAUGCAGCUGUCACUCGCAGACCCCUUACCCACCAAGGCAUCGUGGCAACUAUGGUUUCCAAAAAUCAUGAAAUAAUCAAACAAGCAGACGACAUUGGGUGGACUCCCUUACACUAUGCAGCAUUGAGAGGUAACCUUAAAGCAACUCAACUGCUGAUUGGAAAGGAGAAGUCUGCUUGUUACAUCUUGGACAAACUUGGGUUGUCAGCUCUCCACAUCGCCGCAUAUGCAGGGCACACCAAAAUAUUGGAAGAGUUGAUUGGAUGUGAGCCUGCUACUUGUCAUUUGGUCAACCACAAAGGUCAAACAGCUCUGCAUGCUGCCGUCGUAGGUGAAAAAAUAAACGUUAUAAAGUACGUUCUGAAGACGCCUAAGCUUGGGAGACUUCUAAAUCAAGCAGAUAACGAAGGGAACACUCCUUUGCAUCUUGCUGCCAUUUGCCGAAAUCAUGGAAUGAUAAAAAUCUUGUCAACAGACCCUAGGUUGGACAAAACGGCUAUCAAUAAAAAAUUCUUAACGGUUGCCGACAUUUUGCGCGAGGACAAGAUGGAACAAAAGGAGAGGACCAAUAGUGCCGAGGUUAGGAAGUACCCGAUUUGGUCCUUGACCGCUGGGGUGCCAUAUUUUCAACAACAAAUCACCCUUGUGUUUACGAAUUUAGAAUCUCCGGAGAAGAAAGAUGAGGCUGAUACGCCAGCCAUUACACAUGGGACCUUGAAAAGACAUGAUACCAAACUAUUGGUAGCAACGCUCAUUGCAACCGUCACAUUUGCAGCGUCCAUCAAUGUUCCUGGAGGGUUCAAAACCGACGGAAGGCCGGCUUUAGAAGACAAUGCAUAUUUCCGAGUGUGUGGGGUUUUUAACAUGUAUGCCUUCUUUUUCUCAGUUCUUGCGAUAUCUAACGAAUACGCUCCGCUACGGUUCCUAUCUACCCAUUUACCCACACCUGCAAGUCUCAUUCAGUUUUCAAUUGGUGGGAUGGUAAUAGCAUUUGUUGCAGCCAUACUGGCAUUGUCGCAGCCAAAACGCCCCAAUGAAAGUCUGUUUAAAUAUUUGUUUGGCACACCCGUUGAUUUGGUGCUCGGUCUAAUAUUUGCCAUAUUUGUUUGCGCAUUAGUUUUAAUCCCCAUUUAUAGGUCUCAACUGCAAAUAAUGCGGGGGAUAAGGAUCCGUGAGCUCCGGAACUACGUUAUUUGACCGCGCUAUUAAGUCACCCGUGUUGUUUUCUUUUUGGAUCCUCUGUGUGUGAUAUUGUGGUGUUGUGAGAAUAAUCAUUUUCAGAUAUGUUGUGAUAAUAAUGAGUUGUGAAAUACAACAGCUGAACAUUUAGUAAAUUAUAAAUUUCUUUAGUGAUA